CUGGCAGAGACUGGAUUAGAACCCAGGUCCUUCUGACUCCCAAGCCCGGGCUCUAGCCGCCAAGCCAAGCCGCUUCUAGCCGAGAAACUACUGUCUGAAGGAAAAGAGCCCGAUCAUGACACGUCCCGAGUUUGAAAACAUGAAGACUAAUACACAUUAUGGGAACUCUCUGUCCACCCUAUGUAACCAGCAGAGCUGAACGGAAACUGCCGGCACCCUGGGGAGAGCAUGUAUAAACGGGAUGACCUGAUGGCCAGUGUCAUGGUCACCUCCGCCACUCCAGAGGGCAGUAGCAGUUCUGACUCUCUGGAAGGACGGAGCUCUGACUACGCCAAUAAAAGCUAUGAUGCAGUUGUGUUUGAUGUGUUGAAAGUAACUCCUGAGGAAUUUGCUAGUCAGAUAACAUUAAUGGAUAUACCAGUAUUUAAAGCUAUACAGCCAGAGGAACUGGCCAGCUGUGGAUGGAGUAAGAAAGAGAAGCACAGUCUUGCCCCCAACAUUGUGGCCUUCACCAGGAGGUUUAACCAGGUCAGUUUCUGGGUUGUACGAGAAAUUCUAACAGCACAGACUUUAAAAAUCAGGGCAGAAAUUUUGAGCCAUUUUGUGAAAAUAGCAAAGAAGCUUCUAGAUCUGAAUAAUCUUCAUUCGCUCAUGUCUGUGGUGUCAGCAUUGCAAAGUGCACCCAUUUUUAGACUGACAAAAACUUGGGCCCUUUUGAAUCGCAAAGACAAGACCACCUUUGAGAAGUUAGACUACCUAAUGUCCAAAGAAGAUAAUUAUAAGAGGACCCGGGAAUACAUCAGAAGCUUAAAGAUGGUCCCCAGUAUUCCCUAUUUAGGAAUUUACCUUCUGGACUUAAUCUACAUUGAUUCAGCGUAUCCUGCUUCAGGAAGCAUCAUGGAGAAUGAACAAAGGUCCAAUCAGAUGAACAAUAUCCUCCGAAUAAUAGCUGAUUUACAGGUCUCCUGUAGCUACGAUCACCUCACAACACUUCCUCAUGUACAAAAGUACUUGAAAUCUGUGCGUUACAUUGAAGAGCUUCAGAAAUUUGUGGAAGAUGAUAAUUACAAGUUGUCGCUGAGAAUUGAGCCAGGAAGCAGUUCUCCUCGGCUGGUUUCUUCAAAGGAAGAUCUUGCAGGACCAUCUGAGGAGUCAGCAUCCGUGAGGUACAGCAGGAGGCCCACCUGUCCAGAUGCCUCGAUGGCGGCCAGUCUGCCCACCCCUCCUGUUCCCAGGCACCGGAAGAGCCACAGCCUCGGAAGCAAUCUGAUGUGUCAGUUCAGUGUAGUUGAGAGUAAAAGUGCCACGUUCCCAUCGGAGAAACCACGCCACCUUUUGGACGACAGUGUGCUAGAGUCUCCCAGUCCAGGCAGGAACCUCACAUUAAAUCCCGCGGUCACCAAUGGAGUCUCCAUAGGCAGUAGUGAAAGUUCAGAAUUUAGUGAGGAGCUGUCUUCAGGGCUUGAAAGGGGGCGCUUGUAUGCCACGUUGGGACCCAACUGGCGGGUUCCAGUUCGAAAUUCUCCCAGGACAAGAAGCAGUGUCUACAGCCCCACAGGGCCAUGCAGCUGUACGUUAGGGAAUUCAACUGGCGUCAUCACCAUGGAGGGGCCUUUAAGAAGAAAAACAUUAUUGAAGGAAGGCAGGAAGCCUGCGCUUCCCUCUUGGAGUAGGUACUGGGUAACCCUUUCAGGAUCGACUCUUCUCUAUUAUGGAGCCAAGUCUUUAAGGGGAACGGAUAGAAAACAUUACAAAUCUACACCCGGAAAAAAAGUCUCCAUUGUAGGCUGGAUGGUGCAGCUGCCUGAUGAUCCUGAUCAUCCUGAUAUUUUCCAGCUUAACAACCCUGAUAAAGGCAAUGUUUACAAGUUUCAGACUGGUUCAAGGUUUCAUGCAAUACUGUGGCACAAGCAUUUGGACGAUGCAUGUAAAAGCAACAGGCCUCAGGUACCUGCCAACCUUAUGUCAUUUGAAUAACUGUCGGCAGAUCUUGGUGUGAUUCAAAAGUGCCAAACUGCAGGAUGGGGAAUACCACACGUGUGCGUGCAUGCGCGCGUGCACGCACACACACACACACAUACACACACACACAGAAGAGAUCACUUCUUGCGAGCCAGCUGUCAGAUAGACUCACUUCUGCACCAUUUGGUGAAACUCAAAAGUGAUUCUGUUGAGAGCGAAUGUUGCCCUUAGAACUCGGAGAAUGUCCCAUGCACUGAACAGACAAUGAUAUUUCAGACGGUGUAAAUCUAGAUAUGAGGAAAAGAUGAACUCAGUUGCAGGAUCUGCAAACCGUGGACUUUAACGUUGUGGUCAGCGACAACUGUGGCAAUUGUUGGACCACAAACUGUGUUUCACAUCCUCUGCCUAUUCUCUUUUUUAACCCGCUCUUUCUAUUGUGAAGCUGCUUUCUGUGACUGAAGACAUUUAGCCCAUGUUGGGUUUUCAAUUCUUUCUAAUGCACAAAAUGAUUGACAGUGUUAACUUGCUGCAAAGUGUCAAUUAGAAUAGAAAAUUGUGGAACAACAUUUUUAUAACCUCAGUGCACUGAGCUGCUUGGCAAUGUGGCUGCGUCAGAUUUCGAAUCAAACCCUCACGGACACUUCUGCUGGGGGCGGUUUGAGCUGUUUGGAACCAUGUAUUUUGGCACAAGAUUUGCGACAUAACUUAUUUCAUUUUCUUGAUGGAGCUGCUUAGAAUUUAAAAAGGACUGUCUGAACAAGGUAAGGGUCCACCGGCAGUUAGAACUCACUUUGCUUGACACCUAUUCUUCGGUUCUUUUAUUCCCAAAAGACAAAAAUGCCUUAAAUCGUGUCUCAGUUUUGUUUCCUGUGGGUGCUACUCAUCUGAGACGCCAGUUCCCCCGGGGUUUCUUGUGACUUGGUGUCCUGGGGCCUUAGCAACAUUUUAGGUCUUCCAAGUCGGGUGCCCCGACCCCUUAGAACUGAAGGUUGGGCUGUGACCCUCCCAUCCCCGCUCCUCCCCUCGUUCAUCUGCCAGUCCGUGGUCUUUCUUGAGGACUCGCCCUGUGCCAAACACUGUGCUAGGCACUUGGGAGAGUACAGUAGAGUUCGGCGAUAUGAUCCCUACCCUCGAGGAGCUUGUGAUCUAGAGGGUGAUCUGGAUAUCCCCUGCCUUGCCCUCUCGCCGCCACCCCCGUCCCCACCUUUCCCUGCACAGUCCUCUCGUGGAGAUUCCCUGCUGGAUUCAGAGUCUGACCAGGGUAGCGUGAAAGUGGGCAAGGAGCCUCACGGCACAGGGACAGGAGGGGGAUGACGAACCCCUCCGAGGUGAGGAUGAGGGGCUUCCCCUCACUGGGCGCUGAGCUCACUCCCGGGUCUUCACUGAUGGACGUUGGUGUGGCAGUGUCUAAUCACACCGAGUCCCGAUCCCUAUUCCCCUGACUGCUGCCCCAGAUCAAUACCAAAAACCAGUCACCAGCAAACCUGCCAUCCAUCAGCCCCAGGAGGAGAGUUGGGGUGAACUGGGAGUCGGGAGCGGGGCCCCAGGUCCCUGUUGUGCCAAGGCCAUGAGCUCGCUCUUCCCGUGCCAGCCAGCCACUGUCGGAGCGGCCAACGGUGCGCACUGCCAGAAAAGCAUUCUCCAUCU